UCCCGCGAACUCGCGAACGUGGGUGUUGUGUCGUGAGAGUUUUAUUGGCCAUUUUCUACACGUGACAGUCGUGCAUGUGUUUUCAUUCUACGAAUCAAUUUAGUAUUAAAAUUGUUAAAACAAAAAAAGGUACAACAGUAAAAAUUGCGAGAGGGAAAAACCUCCAAAAUGGCGGGUCACAAUUGGCCCAGCACUGUACUCUUACUUUGGUUGGCGACAACGAGCGCCAAUGCGAUCAAGUGCGAUCGAAGAAUUGAUGGCACGAUAGGGCCGAAAUCUCCCGUCGGUACGAAAUUGCGCAUUGUAAUGAUGAAUUACAACAGGGAUGAAUUUGUGACUUCGUAUAUGCCGAACACAAGAUACUUCGUGAUACUGAAGAGCGAAGUGUUCAAUUUCGUAUACUCAAAAUACACGAAAUUUUUAUUGGUAGCCGAAAACGCUGACGAGACCCUGGAGAGUGGUUUCUUUGAUCUCGAGAAUCAGUUGUUGGCACAGUUUUCGGAAAAGUGUCCACACGCUGUUAUGGAAACGUCUAUGAUACCUAAGGAGGAAGUCGCGUUGGAGUGGGUCAGUCCUCCCAAGGGAAACGGGUGUAUUUAUAUGAGAGCUACAGUUAUGGAAAUGCCCAGUGUCUGGUACAUGGAUGACGAGGGACUAACGAUGAAGGUGUGUCAGGAUUCAAAAGCGGACGCUGAUGAACAGGGUCCAGUACUUCAGGAGUGUUGCGCCUGCGACGAAGCCAAAUACGAAGUCACGUUCGAAGGUCUCUGGUCGAGGAACACACAUCCAAAGGAUUUUCCAAGUAAGGGAUGGACAACACGAUUUUCCGACGUUAUAGGUGCCUCCCACACAGUCGACUACACAUUUUGGACGUAUUAUGGAAUUGCGAGCGAGGGAUUACGUCAGGUUGCUGAAAUCGGCUCGACACGAAAAUUGGAAUCUGAACUGAAGAGUCAAAGCGAUCACAUCAGAACCAUAAUAAAAGCACGUGGCAUAAGUUACCCUAAUGUCACCGGUAAAACUUUUGCGGUUUUUCGGGUAGACCGGAAACAUCAUCUGAUGUCUCUGGUUUCGAUGAUCAGUCCAUCACCCGAUUGGAUAGUUGGCGUUUCAGGAUUGGAACUUUGUUUGGCAAACUGUUCCUGGAUUCAACACAAAGAGCUUAAUUUGUACCCGUACGAUGCGGGUACCGAUGACGGAAUCACAUACAUGUCACCUGACUCUCCCACGGAUCCUCCAGAACCAAUUCGCAAGAUAACUUCGAGCUUCCCAAACGACACUCGCUCGCCGUUUUACGAUCCCAGCGGGGCAGAAAUGAAACCGAUUGCCAAACUUUACCUGAAUCGUCAGCGACUCUACGAGAAGACCUGCGACGAAGUGCCAAGUGAUGGUGGCGUUCCAGAGGGCUGUCAGGUCACGUCCUGGGGACCUUGGGGUGCUUGUUCAGCAAGUUGUGGAAAAGGCGUGAAAUUGCGACAAAGACAAUAUUGUGUCGAGAUUGACCAAGUAUCCAGCAAAUGUAACAUGAAGUUGACGGAUCGUCGUGUCUGUCACAAGCAACCCUGCGAACAUAACAGAUACUACGGAGGCACAAGUACAGGAAUUUUGAAAUCUGAUAUGUGUGCUCUGACCGAAUGGUCCGAGUUGAGCCCGUGCACGACCACCUGCGGCAAAGGAACCCAAACACGUUCUCGAAAUUUUCGCCACAAGCAACAUCGGAAGAAAUGUAUGGCGGAGCCAAACAGCCCGGAACUCCAGCAAACUUUUCAGUGCGACAAUCCAAAAUGCACUGAUACGGAUUCCGAGGAGGUAAGGGAAACAGAUGAUACGACGGAAGGAACUGAGGAAAACGAGGAUGAGGAUGAGGAUGCGGGUGAGAAUGCGGAUGAGGAAGCUAGCAAUUACCAGGAUUACGAGGAACAUAACGGGAAAGUAUAUCGUGCUGCGAAGCUAACUCGGGAUGCUGAGGUCGAGAAUAUCGAGGAAUGGCAGCAGAAGUGUCCAAGCUCUAAGUUUACCGAAUGGUCAUUGUGGUCACCGUGUAGCACAAGCUGUGGUCCUGGCAAGAAAAUAAGGUCACGACGUCCGCUUUCAGAGUUCAAGAACUGGAGCUCGCCAUACAAUGAAAAUGACGAGUUUGCGUAUCGCCAUGAUUGCAAAAUCGAGGAAGCGUUGUGUACACCACCUAUAACUAGUUGUGAUUUUACGAACGAGGAGGCUGAACAAAUUUGUAGCGAACCUAUGGACAAGGGUGACUGUGAUGGUCGCGUGUUGCGAUUUUAUUUUGACAAGCCUUCCAUUACUUGUAAAACAUUUCACUAUACUUCGUGUGGCGGAAAUCGAAACAACUUUGCCACGGUGGAGGACUGCAAUCGUACCUGUAUUAAUUAUCAAAGAGACCUGAGAGCGAAUCUUUCGGCUAUUAUGAAGAAUUUCAAAGUUUCCGUGAGCAGUGUUCUGAGUUAUCAUAUACCGGUACAAGAGCAACGGAGUGUAAAAACAAAACGUGAAAAAUCUGGCUCUAAAGAGACUACAGAAAAUUUGCUAAACAAUGGAAUUGAGAUCAGUAGUCAAAUACUUGAUACAGCUGAAGCAAACGAUGGAAGGAAAGUCAACUGCAAAGUUUCAGACUGGAGUGAGUGGACGGAAUGUCAAGGAUGUACUGGAUACCGUAAUAGAACUCGUGAAAUAUUGGUGAAGAAUCAGAAUGGCGGUAAGAGGUGUCCGAAGAAACUGAUCCAGAAAAACAAAUGUCGCAACCUACAGCAAUGUGCGUACCUGGAUUUCGUGAAAUGCAGAAAUUACAGGAAUCAUAAAUCCCUACCCAAAUAUCCCGAAGAAUCUGUCGAUUGCGUAAUGACGUCAUGGUCCAACUGGUCGCGCUGUGCUGCCACCUGUGGAGAAUCCGUGCAAUAUCGUUGCAGAAGGAUUAAAAUCUUCCCCAGGGGUCCGUACGGCAAGUUAUGCCCACACGUCGUUGAAUCUCAGCAAUGCCAUUUACCACCUUGUCCUUUGUAUUAUCACUCGUCCAACGAUGCAUUACGUAACACGACGUACGAUAAUGCUAUCUAUCCGGAGCAACGGUAGAACUAUCUAUUUAAUUUAUUAAAGUAAGUUUAAUCGCAUAACUUGUCUACAAAGUACGUUACGAGAACAGCUGUGUAUUGUUAAUUGAUAAUUGAUGCUUAUCAAUUGUGACAAAAUGGUGGUCAGAGUAUUGAUAGGCUUUAAUUAAAAGUUUCAUCGUCAACAUUGCAUGGGCAGAGUUUUCAGUAGGUUUCGCGUUUUCACGAUCAAUUACACAGAUAAUAAUCAAAGGUUAUACGUAAAAGAUCAAAGAUUACGAGACAUAAAAAUUAUUAUCGUACUAUUCUUAGCGGUUUAACAUGUAGAUAUAGUACUGCAGGACUAUAUCAAAACUAUAAUUAGUUAGACGAGAUUUUAAGGAACUUUCCAAUGAACUUAUCGUUCUUUUCACUUUAUGAAUAGAAAUAAUCUUGACGAGUUUCUUAGUUUCAUUUCGCGUCUUACAGAUGGAGGCACUAAUUUUGUUAAUGAAGUGAUUAUGGCGUUUGACGUAAUUUCACUAUUCGAACUGAUUUUUUCUUAUUUACUAGAGGCCCACUGUACAGACUUAAAAGUUCAUGAAUGACGUAAGAAUUAUUUUUUAUUUAUCGGUUUCAAAUCCUAAACUUGUAGAUUAAAUUAACGACACAGUACGUUAGGAAAUUUUUAAAUAAAAAAUUGUCCUCUUCUACCAUC